GGCACGUUCGCACUCCAAGACAACACGUUCAAACCGCUCACUCGUAUAUCAGAGUCUUGGGAGAGUCGCACCGAAACUUUUAAACGAGCCAAUUUGGUUGCCGCAUUCCCAGCAGGCAUCACCUGCGGUGCCCUCUCGCGCAUGGGACUGCAUGGAACCGUUACCCCCGAAGUCACUGCGCCUCCACAUUGA